AAAAUUGUUGACAUGAUGUCAGCAUUAUAUGAGGAUAUCGUGAAGUUCGUCGCGAACAAUCUUAAAUGCUUAAUAUGUUUUAAUAUUUUUACAAAGCCAGUUACGCUAAUUUGUGGGCAUAACUAUUGUCUGAAGUGCAUCAAUGAAUGUUGGGCACGUAGCUGCGCAAAGAGAGAUUGCCCACAGUGCCGGACAGAUAUAAGGAGUAGUAAACUAAAAAUUAACUUCACUCUGUGUGACAUACUGGAAUUACAGGAGCUUGGUGGUCGCGACAGAUGGGAGCAGAUUCUGGCAGAAACAGAUCAAGACUAUAACCCACAACACGCUGGGAGAACUAAAGUGGAUACUUUAAUGAAACGUCUGGACUGGUUAAAAUCUGAGAUCAAAAAGACAGAAGAUUCUCUUUCAGCUGAAUUGAAUUCAACUCAGGCUUGUGAGGAUGGGUUUGGCAUUUAUGAUUCCUCGACUGUUUCGAUGGAUGUAACCAGUUCAUCAAUAGACAGUGAUGCUUCAAGUUAUGCUGACAGAAGUUUUAGUCAGACAUCAGGGGAUCAUCAGGAACAACCUUCUCAGUACAGUACAGAGGAUAGUUCACAGGAGUUUGUAGAAGAGGAUCCAGAGAAUUCAGACUCUCUGUUUGAGGAUGCUCGACCUACUCCCAGUGCAGGAGCACAGCACCACAACAGUGACUGUGCUGAGGCUGCUCUUCAGGCAAAGUUUGUUGAGCUUUCCUUCUCUCCCCAGCUGGGAAACAGAAGGCUGGUUUUUCAUACAGAGCGCCGUACAGUGGAAACACAACUGGGGCAAGGAAGAACUUCACCUGGCCGUUUUGAUGCCUGUCAGUGGAUGGCUGAGCAGGAAUUUACAGGAGGGUGGUUUUACUGGGAUGUGGACACCACAUUCAGCACUGGAUGGGCUGUUGGGGUGGCGUAUCCCGAUCUGAUGCGUAACGAGAGAUUGGGAAAGACUUCUUCGUCUUGGUGUUUGGAGUGGAGCAGUAGGCAACUGAGUGCUUGUCACAACAAUAUAAAGAUCCCUGUAAAGCAUAGUGUCCCUAAUGGGAUCAGAGUCAUUCUGGAUAUGGCAAAAGGACAGUUGUGCUUUCAGGGUCUGGAUGAUAGCCUGCUUGAAUUACACAGUUUCCAGGUGAAUUUCUCUGGCCCUGUCAGACCUGUCUUCUGGCUUUAUGGAUUGUCGCAAAAUGCCUUAACCUUUCCUAGACAUUGAGUGUAGGAUAAAAUUGAUCCAUAGAAUUUACAAUAGCUUAUACACUCCAUUUUGCUUACAGAGUAUAUAUCCUAUUUCUAUUAUUUUUA